CAAUGGCGGACGGAGGUUGUUGAAGUGUACUCAUCAUGUGGAGUUGGUCCACCGUGUUCUCCGUUCUUCCUCGGAAUUCGUCUCAACAGAACAAAACUGCACCAAUCCAAGCGAACAGAAUGAACUUCCUUGUGAAUCUGAAUUUCCGGUCAUUCUCAUUGCAGCUGAAUGUGAAUGUAGUCAUGUGAAAAAAUACGCUCUGAAUGUGAAUCGGAUGAACUAGAAGAUACCAGUUUGAUGCUGUCCUUGAUCUUGACUGACGCUGAGGCUAGCUCAAUUUCAGUUUGCAUGUAGAAGUCAAAGCAGAAUGAAAAUCUUCAGUAACUGUACGUGUACGGCUGCAGCUGGUUGUUCUACUACUCCAUCGUGACCACGGGAGAAUAAUGAAUAUGAAAAGGCUUGUACGGAUUGCGCAUAAUUAUCGACUCAAACUCUCAUCAACAAGAGAACGCACCAAUCAUCAUUCUCAUUAUGCAGGUAUAAAUAAUCUUUUCACACACUCACACUUUUGGUGUUUUGCUGUUGUUCAUCUUUUCAUCGAGAGUUCAUCACUUCUUUGACUCCUCCACAAUCAAACGAAAAAUAGCCUUCACUCCUUGUUUGCAACUGUUGUACAACUCUUCUAUUUUCUGCUUUUACCAAGUAGAACUACCUUCACAACAACCACCACCACAAAGUACGACUCUCGCACGUCACCACCACCACUACCACAACUCAAUUGAGCUUAUUCCUUUGUGAAAAGCACACCACCACCCCCAACACUAUCAAAAUGUCUGACUCCGCUCAACGUGUUGCUGUUGCCUCCGGCAUGCGCACUGCCAAUCGCCGCCCGGGAAAGGAGCAGGAGAAGGCCAAGGAAAGCAACUCGUCCAUGUCUAACAUGCUGCGCUUCUCUUCGGACGAUGGCGCAGGCACCAAGGUCUCUCCGGUCACCGUGUUGGUUAUGUCCCUCUCCUACAUGGUUAUCGUGGUGUUUUUGCACAUCGUGAACAAAUUCAAGCUGGCCAUGGGGGGAAAUGGAGAAUUGUAAACUGCUAAGAUGAGGAGGAUAUCGAGGAUUAGGAGGAGGAGGAUGUAGAAGAAGGACCCUCUUGUGGGAGUGGGAGAUGAUGGAGAACGGGGCACACAUCUUUGUGGGAAACUACGGCGAUGAUCAUCUUCACUACAACCGUCAACGCGAUGAGGAGCUACUCCUGAAUCUACAAGAGGAUGAGCAAGAGGAGACAACAAAAAACGUGAAAAAAACAAAAAAAGUAGCAUGGAGGACGAAAAAAAGUACAACAAGACGUGCCUUUGCAAUCACAUGAGAACAUCUUCGGAUGAAGACUUUCCACGAAAGAACUAGAAAAUGUCACAUCAUCACAUGAUGAGGUUCGAUUGUCAUGCCCCCACAAAUCGCAUCACACAGUGGCGUUUGCUACCGAGCUGCUCGCAGACUCGUCCUCGUCGGAGGUAGUUUUGUAACGCCGCUUAGACCUAAGCUGAAUUUGAACUUCGUUUUAUGCGCAAAAAACUGCAGACCUAUGCAAAUCAAAGACUUCUCUCUAUCUACCAUCGUUCCUACCACUGAAAAUGAUCUUGAUUGUCAAUAUUUUUUAACUUGCCUCACCUUCACCACAACGACCAGGUAAAUGUUGCAUGCUUCUGUGUUCUCCGAAGUGGACGCACAAGAACACAUGCGCAAAGGGCUAGAGGAGUUCGGCUGCACAGCGCCAGUGAUCGAUACUCAUAGAUGUAAGAGAAGCCUAGCAUCACAUAUGAUAGCAUGAUAAUCAUGAUUAUUGUAACCCCUCUAAGCAUGACAACAACUUAGAAGAAGUUAUAGUUUGGCUUUACCAAAACCUGUCAUUAUCUCAUCCCGAGAUGCAGUUAUUAUACUGAGGAUUUGUUUGAACUUGAUGUACUUGUACUAAACCGAUAUCAACAAUUGAAGACUGGCUGGUAUGACUCCGUGUUUGCUUUCGAAGAUUUUUCAUUUUCUCUUUUUCUACAACAAGAACAAGCGUGGAUGUUGGUACUUCUCUUGGUUAACCUCCAGCACGAUGUCAUUGAUGAAUAAGAGGGCUCUAAAACGUUGUCUGAUGCUAUGAACCACUGUGACUACAGGAGCUUGAAGAGGAGUUGCCAUCUAGAUGAUCGUGAUUCAUGAUGAUGCUUUUUUUUGGGUUCUGUUCGCGUUGUUCCUUAGCAUGAAGAUUUCUGCUUCAACAGAGUGAGUGUGACAGUGUAGCCUUGUACCACGGGUACGGAGACACGUCCACCUUGCCACAAGGACCACGUAUGUCUCUCCACAUUAAGUGCUGCUUACUCUGCCUCC